AUGCAGCGACGUAACGGCAACAGCAGUAAUUCACAACACAACAAUAAUGCUAGCAGUAGCGGCAGACAUGGGAAAACCAUAGGGGCCGCAGGAUGUGGCUUGGCAACAUUGCCUAAUGCAACAAUUACACCCUUGUCGGCAACAUCCGCAGGCAGCACACCGCCUAGCAGCGCAGAGGCGACAAAUACCAACAGUUUCGCCUAUUAUACGGCAGGUAUAGCGGAGGGUGCGGCGCAACGGCAUGUUUCAACUGUGGCAGCAGCAACAACAGCAACGGCGACACCACCUCCCCCACCGCCGCCGCUACCAUCUUCUUCGUCUACACCAUCGUCAUCAACGCAUUACCACACACAACAGCAUCAGACGCCGCCAACGCCGACCAAUCAGCAACACUAUGCAACGGGGGUCGGUGCCAGUGCGCCGAUAGCACCGCUGUCUGAUGCUUUUCAUCACCAACAAAUGCAGUUGCAGCUACAGCAGCAAUAUGAGCAACAUUAUCAGUUGCAAACGGCCUACUACCAUCACCACCAUCAUCAUCAACAGCAGCAGCAGCAACAGCAAGAUGAGCAGGCAUCUUCAUCUAAAUAUGCGCCGGCAUCACAGCACUCAACAGCUUAUCAUCCUCAACACUGUCCACCACCACUACCACCAACAACAACAAAUCCACAUGUAACACGCAGCAAUCGAGCAACAACGCAUAGCGUAGCCACAACGAACGCAACACAAGCGCAUUCGGCGCAGCUGCAAACAGCAUUAACGCAUAUGCAAUCGCAGCAGCAACAACAGACGCAGCAACAGCAAACACAUAUGUUUCCAACAGCUAUGCUUGCGAUCGCAACGGCACCGCCACCAACCACCUACGGCAAUACCAACAGCAAUGUGGGUGGCGGUCCGACGGCACUAGCGAAUGUCAGCACCGUCAAUGCUACACAAAAUGUGAAUGUCAUUUCGGCCGCGCCGAUUGUGGUGGAGUUUAGUAAUUUUCCGUUGAAUUGCAUGCGCGCGACGACAACAACGGCGGCGAAUGGUACAGCAUCGGCAGCGCUAACGGUAGCCACAUCGCAGCCGAAUAGUGAUGUUAAUAGGGGCUUGGGGUUGGGCGGUGUGAACGGUGCAGCAUCGAAUACACACCAUCAUCAUCAUCAUCGGCAUCAUCAUCACUAUCACGGCAACAACAACAAUUCGGCGGCGGCGGCGGCGGCGGCUUCAAUGCAUCAACAUACGCUACAGCAGCAACAACAAUCACAACAUUCAGUGCAACUGCCUCCGGCUACGCCAUCGUUACCGUUACCGCUGCCGCUUCCGCUGCAACCAGAUCAACAGCAUGCCACACAUUUCGGUUAUCAUCAUACCCAUCCACAACAUCAACAUUUGCGCCAUUAUCACCAUCAUCCACCACCGUCGGCGCCGCCGUCGCUGUAA